AUGGCUGUCAACCUUAGGAACAAGACAGCCAUAGCCGGGGUUUGCUCCCUCCUCUUGGUGGCCAUGGUUGUAGCCGUCAUCUUCGGCGGCCAGACCAAAAACGAGCCCGAUGACCCCUCAACCAUUUCCUCCUCCCAAAAGGCCAUCGCCAACCUCUGCCACAACACCGACUACCGCGAAACUUGCGUCGACACCCUCACCUCCUCCUCCGGCGGCAACAACGCCACCAGCGACCCCAACGAGCUGAUCGAGCGCGCCUUCCGCGCCACAAUCAACGACAUCCGCCAGGCCGCCCAAAACUCCUCCCUCUUCCUCGACCUCACCCAAGACCCGCGCGGAAAAUCCGCCCUCGACAGUUGCCAGGAGCUCGCGGGCCGCGCGGCCGCCGACCUCGAGCGGUCCCUCGACAAGUUCGCCGCCGGCCUCGACUUCGCGACGCUGGACGACGUCCUCUCGGACCUCAAGAUCUGGCUGAGCGGGGCCAUAACGUACCAGGAGACGUGCCUUGACGGGUUCGAGGGCAUCGAGGGGGACGCUGGCGAACGCAUGCGCAGUCUGCUGACGAGAGGGAUGCAGAUGACGAGCAAUGGGCUGGCGAUGGUGAACGAGAUCUCGUCCGUGUUCCAGUCCAUUGGCGCGCCCACGUUGAGCAGCAACCGGCGGCUGCUGAUGCAGCUGUCGGAUGCAGAGAUUAUUCCCGAUUGGGUCGACGCUGGCCGGCGCAGGCUGCUGAUGAACAACGCGUCCGCCAAGAUAGAGGCAGAUAUCGUGGUUGCCAAGGACGGGACGGUUCAAGGCGACUAUUUCACGGCCAAGGACAUCGCGUUCGAGAACUACGCUGGCGCCGAGAAGCACCAAGCAGUAGCCCUGCGCGUGAGCGCAGACCUCGUCCUCUUCCACAACUGCCGUAUGGACGGAUACCAAGACACCCUCUACGCCCACACGUACCGCCAGUUCUACCGCAAUUGCACCAUCACAGGCACCAUCGACUUUGUGUUCGGCGACAGCGCAGCCAUCUUCCAAGACUGCACCUUCGUCGUCCGCAAGCCUCUUCCCAACCAGAGCUGCAUCGUCACCGCCCAGGGCCGCAAGGACAUCCGCCAGCCAACGGGGCUCGUCCUCCAAAACUGCUCCUUCAUAGCCGACCCUGACUACUUCCCCCUCCGCCACACCAACAAGGCGUACCUCGGGCGCCCGUGGAAGGAGUUCUCACGCACCAUCAUCCUCGAGUCCUUCCUCGACGACCUCAUCCAGCCUCAGGGAUGGCUCCCUUGGAACGAGACCUUUGCACUCGACACACUUUUCUACACUGAGUUCAAUAACCGUGGGCCAGCGGCAUCAAAGGCGGGACGGGUUACGUGGGCUGGGGUCAAGGAGCUGCCGGCGAGCAGGAUCCGGCGCUUCACGGCAGACGAGUUCAUCGACGGAAAGCGGUGGGUGCCGGUGCAGGGGAUUCCGUACGCUGGGGGAUUUAUGCUCCCAAUACCGGCCAAGGAUGAGAAUGCUGGGGCCUACUCGCCCGUGGUGCCUGAGGAAGACAAGGACAUAGGCGGAUCCAAGGACAAGUCGGAGUACAUUGGGAAGAAUAAACCGAGUGCCUCGAAGGUGCCCACGACGAGCAUUGCGGCAGCACCAGAGUCGUCCUAUGUGGCGGUUGCUUCGCCUUCGCCUUUGCCUUCACCGUAUAAUAACAAUAAUAACAAUGAGGAUACAACUGUUGCUGCAGCUUCAAGUCCAGCUUCUAGCCCUGCCUUGCAAUCGGGGAAGACUGACUCAGGCAGUUUCUUUGGUCUGUGGUGAAAGGGAGAAAAUAAGAAGAAAAAAUAUUAUCCACCACAAAGGGAUUAUUGAAAUUUGUGUGGGUUUCGAGUUUUUCUAAUAACAAAAGGGUCGGGGAGCAUCUAGUAUGUUACUGCUAAAAUGAAGUUUUGCAGUUAGUGUGUAUUUUUAUUUUUAUUUUCUUCAAGGAAAUAUAAAUAUGAUAUUAUUAUUAUUUUUUUUUACAUUCUUUUGUUAACGACCAUGAUUCUAGCAAGAUCAGUCGAUUGUUACGUUUAGUGUCUAUAAUAAAAUGUUGUUUCUAGUUUAGAUUCGUACUAGUUCG